GCUGCUGCAGCAGUCGGAGUUCGCCCCCACGGAGGAGCUCAGGACGAGGCUCGAGAACCUCUUCAGCCAGCAGCGGGAGGAGGAGCGCGUGGCGCGUAUGGAGGAGCGCCAGCGCCAGAUGGACGACAAGAUGAGGCCGGACGCAGGGGCGGUGGAGGUGUCUCCCGGCGAUGUCAACGACGGCCCGGCCACUACCGCCGACAAGGCGCUGUCCGCGCUGCCGUACGUGCUCCCUCUGGCGGACGGCGUGGUGUUCGCCGCCCACCUGUUCGGCGCGUUCCCGGAGCAGACGGCGUGGGCGGAACCGCUGGUGGCCGUGCUGCUGGCGCUGCGGUCCGUUCCGUUCGCGACGCUGAUCGGGUUCUUCAGUCUGUCCGUCGGCUCCAGCAACCCGCAGAUCAACAAGCUCGUGAGGUUCAACAUGCAGCAGGCCAUCAACCUGGACAUCGCUCUGAUCUUGCCGGGCGUGGUGGGUGCGAUCACGGGGGCGGUGUUGGGGUCCGACGCGUCCAAGCUGGCGCCUUUGGCGAACGCGGGGUCGGACGUGGUGUUCGUGGCUUUGUUGGCGGCUGUGGCGUACUCCGUUGGCACUUCGGCGACGGGAUCGUUCCCGAACAAGCUCCCGUUGUUAGGGCGGUUGAACCGCGAGAACCCCGACAACCAGGAGGGGGGCGAACAGUAGAGGAGAAUUAUGGCCUUGAUGUGUUUUUCCCGAAGUAGGUGCACGUUUCCCUGCCAUUUGUAUACGUUUGUUUGUUGUACAUAGAGUUGUGUUUGGUGAGUCUUGAAAAGUGGGACCCCUGGUGUUGGAUUUGAUGUUAUGUGUCGGCGUCAUGGACGGACGGUGGAGGCUGUUGAGAUGUCAAGGUAGCUAGCGUAUAGAUCGUG